AUGGGGCAGAAGUGCAUGGACAAGCUGUCCUCGUUCCUCUUUGAGUAUGACACCCCUCGGAUGGUGCUGGUGAGGAACAAGAAGGUGGGACUGACCUUCAGGCUGAUCCAGCUCAUCGUCCUGGCGUACAUCAUCGGGUGGGUGUUCCUCUACGAGAAGGGCUACCAGUCCCAGGACAGCAUCGUCAGCUCGGUCUCAGUGAAGUUGAAAGGGCUGACACUGACCAACGAGAGUGUCCUGGGUCCUCACAUCUGGGAUGUGGUGGAUUAUGUUUUCCCACCCCAGGGGGACAACUCGUUUGUGGUGAUGACCAACUUCAUUGUCACACCUGGACAGAAACAAGGAACAUGCCCAGAGCUGCCAGAUGCCGGGCUGUGCACACAGGACAGCGACUGCAGCAAAGGGAAAUACAGCCGGCAGGGACAAGGGCUCAUGACUGGCAAGUGUGUACGCUUCAACAGCACUGUGAAGACCUGUGAGAUCUUUGGCUGGUGCCCUGUUGAAGUUGAUUACCAUGUUCCCAGCCCUGCCCUGCUGUCAGAAGCAGAGAAGUUCACCUUGUUCAUCAAGAACAGUAUCACCUUCCCCAAGUUCAAGGUGUCCAGGCGCAACUUGGUUGAGAGCGUUACCAAGCAGUACCUGAAGAAAUGCACCUAUCACAAAGUCACUGAUUCCCUGUGUCCUGUGUUUGAACUGGGAUACAUAGUGAGGGAAUCGGGCCAGAAUUUUACCUUCCUGGCUGUUAAGGGUGGAGUGGUGGGCAUCACCAUAGAUUGGAACUGUGACCUCGACUGGCCCCUGCGGUACUGCAAACCCAUUUACCAGUUCCAUGGCCUGUACAAUGAUGACAGCAAUGUUUCACCAGGGUUCAACUUCAGAUAUGCCAAAUACUACAAAGAAGAUGGGAUGGAAAAGAGGACACUCUACAAGGUGUUUGGGAUCCGGCUCGACAUUCUGGUGAAUGGCAAGGCAGGCAAAUUUGACAUCAUCCCGACCAUGACCACAAUUGGCUCUGGAAUUGGUAUUUUUGGAGUGGCCUCUGUCCUCUGUGACCUGCUCCUGCUGCAUUUUCUCCAUGGACGAGACUAUUACAAGCAGAAGAAAUUCAAAUAUGCAGAACCAGAGCCUUCGAAGUCGCAUAAGAAGGAAAAGGAGCCAGACAACACACAGUGA